CAAAAGUGAAACUUUGUCUGGGCGGUGGCAGAGCUGCAGUCCGGACAAAUUUCUGUGUUUAUGUCUGAAGAAAAUUCAUCUGAGUUCAUCUGUUUUUUUCUAAACAUCUGACUCAAAUACUGUGUGUAGACAUGUCUGCUGCCAGAUGUCUGAGAUCUGAAGAUCAGUUUCUGUGCUCCAUCUGUCUGGAUGUGUUCACUGAUCCAGUCUCUACAUCAUGUGGACACAACUUCUGUAAACACUGCAUCACUCAACACUGGGAUACUAAUGAGCUAUGUAAGUGUCCCCUGUGUAAUAAAGUGUUUGAGACAAGACCUGAACUAAACAUCAACACUUUCAUCCGUGAGAUUGUUGCUCAGUUCAAACAUGAAGCUCAACACGGAAUGAAGACAGAAGAUAAAAUUGAGCAGAUGAUCCAGAAGAGACGACUGAAGAUUGAGCAGAUAAAAGAGUCAGUGAAGAUGAGUAAAGAUGCUGCAGACAGAGAAAAAGCAGAAGGUGUUCAGGUCUUCACUGCUCUGAAGGAGUCUGUUGAGAGAGGCCUGGACCAGCUCAUAAAGGAGAUCGAAGACAAACAGAAAACAACAGAGAAACAGGCUGAAGGUUUCAUCAAAGAUCUGGAACAGGAAGUCUCUGAGCUGAUGAAGAGGAGCUCUGAGGUAAAGCAGCAUUCAUGCUCUGAAGACCACCUCCACCUCCUCCAAAGUUUCUCCUCCCUGAAAGCUGCUCCACCCACCAAGGACUGGACAGAGGUCAGCGUCCGUCCACCAUCAUAUGAGGGGACUGUGGUGAGAGCUGUGACUCAGCUGGAGGAGACACUCAGUAAAGACAUGAAGCUGCUGGUUGAGGCUGAGCUGAAGAGGGUCCAGCAGUAUGCAGUGGAUGUGACUCUAGAUCCUGAUACAGCAAAUCCUAAACUCAUCCUGUCUGAUGAUGGAAAACAAGUGAUUCAUAAUGAUGUGAGGAAGAAUCUUCCAGACAACCCAGAGAGAUUUUCUACAUGUGUUAAUGUUUUAGGAAAGAAGAGUUUCUCUUCAGGUAGAUUUUAUUUUCAGGUUCAGAUUAAAGGAAAGACUAAAUGGGAUCUAGGAGUGGCCAGAGGGUCAAUCAACAGGAAGGGAAACAUCAGUCUGAAUCCUCAGAAUGGUUUCUGGACUAUUUGUUUGAGAAAUGGAAAUGAAUACAAAGCUCGUGAUGAGACUCCAGUGCGUUUCUCUCUUGGUUCUCGUCCUGAGAAGGUGGGGGUGUUUGUGGAUUAUGAGGAGGGUCUGGUCUCCUUUCAUGAUGUAGAUACUGCAGCUCUUAUCUACUCCUUUACUGGCUGCUCCUUCAAUGACAAACUUUAUCCAUUCUUCAGUCCCUGUUUUAAUGAUGGUGGUAAAAACUCUGCACCUCUGAUCAUCUGUCCUGUCAAUCAAACUGUCUGAUCCAUUUAAUGAUGAAGCUUUGAGAUCAAUGAAUGAACUUGUUGAUCUUCACUCUUUAUUCACACUCUCUACACAUAUGCUUUAAUACUACAAUACUGGUACAGCUGAGAACACAAAGAUAUCAAUGGAUCAGAGAGAUACGGUACAAACUGAUUAUUCUGGAAUAAAAUGAUUUCAUUGUGAAUUAUGAUAAAAAUGUUCAUAUCAACUUGUUUCUUUCAUUAAUGUUCUCAUUCCUUAAUUCAUCAGUUUAGAUUUAAUGGUUGUUGGACUUUUACCUUUACUUGUUUCGACGUUUUUAUUCUGUUUAUUCAUGAAACUCUUGUUUGGAAUUUGUGAUAAUUGUAAAAUGUGCUACAAUUAAAGUCCUAGAGCUGUGAA